AUGCCCAGCACAACAAAAACCCGCCUCCUCCUUCUCUCCGACACCCACACCGUCCUCCCCUCCCCCGCACACUCCGCAUCAGGCUUCCCAUCAAGUCCAUACCGACACCCCCUCCCCGAUGCGCAAAUCCUCCUACACGCCGGCGACCUGACAAAAGUCGGACUGGCCUCCGAACACAAGGCCAUGCUCGAUCUCCUGAAAUCACACCCAGCCGAACUCAAGAUCGUCAUCGCAGGGAACCACGAUAUCACGCUCGACGAAGAGUACUAUAACCGCGUUGGGUGGUUGAGGCACAGGUAUAGAGAUAGCAAGGGGCGAGACCAUUUAGCUGCGCUGCCAACAAGCCCUACCGGUGCACCAGACAAUGACGAAGGCAGCGGCAAGCUCGAGGCCCCAUCAGCCAUAAAAGCCCUCUACACGAACUCCGACGCCGUCUCCUGCGGAAUCCGGUACAUGGAAGAGGAAGUCCGCACAUUUACGGUCCCCUCCACAGGUGCGAAGUUCACUGUCUAUGCGAGUCCCUACAGUCCCGAGUUCUGCGCUUGGGCGUUUGCGUACCCGCGGACCGAAGACCGAUAUAACCCUUCUGCUGCUAGCAAGACGCCGAUCCCGGACUACCCAGGUAUUGACAUCGUUUUAACGCAUGGACCGCCAAAGGGGAUCCUGGACCAGGUUGUAGGGAGUGGUGAAAGCGUUGGGUGCGAGCACCUCUAUCGUGCUGUGAGGAGGGCCAAGCCGGCGCUGCAUGUCUUUGGGCAUAUCCAUGAGGGGUAUGGGGCGCGGCGGGUGGAGUGGGAGGCGUCAGACUCAGAUCCAUCUCCAGAAAACCAUGUUGGCGGUGGCUCAAUGCCUGGGAUCAAACAGAUAGAAGAGAUACCCUGGGACAGGGAGGAUGUAAUGGAGGAACGAGGCGCGUAUGUCGAUCUCACCUCCGGCUCUAAGAGGCCGUUGCGGCUCAGAGAGGAGACGGUUUUUGUAAAUGCGAGUGUUGUCACGGUGGAGUAUAAGGGGCUUAAUGCGCCUUGGGUGAUGGAUCUGGACUUGGAAGUUGAUGGAUAG